UGUCAGCCCCGCACCGGAUCGGGUUGUCAAAAUAUUAUUUUCUGUUGCAAAAACGGAAGCUCUUUUGAGGUGCACGUAGAUUCCUUGGAAUCUAUUCCAAAAUCUAUUAUAAUCCUGCACAAAUCUACUAGUUAAUGUGAGUAGUUAUUUAGAAGAAUUGGAAGUUAAACCGAAUGAUUUGUAAAUACUUGUGUAUCGUGAUUUAAUUAGUAACGCUAAUAGGUAAUCAAUGGCUAAGGUGCUAAUUAUUGAACCUUUCUUCGGAGGCUCGCACAAACAGUUGCUCGACACAUUUCUUCAACAGUUCCACCCAGCGGAGUAUGAUUUGUUCACAUUGACGGCCAAAAAGUGGCAUUGGCGUUCCCGUAUCGGGGCACUCUAUUUCUCCGAGACCAUUCCCAGGGAACACCAAUAUAAAACGCUCUUCACCAGCUCCGUGCUGAAUCUGGCUGAGCUGAUUGGCCUGCGUCCGGAUUUGGCCAUCUGUCGAAAGAUAGUCUAUUUUCACGAGAACCAGCUAAACUAUCCGGUGCGUGAAAUCAAGGAGAGAGAUUGCCAAUAUGGUUUGAAUCAAAUCAUGACCUGCCUGAGUGCGGACCAAAUUGUGUUCAACUCGCAGUACAAUAAGAUAUCGUUCUUGGAUAAUAUUAAGAGCUUCCUAAACAUUGCACCGGAUUUGAAGCUGAAGAACUUGAAGGAGAAGCUUGAGCCUCGCUGCGAAGUUCUUUACUUCCCGAUACCGUUUCACUCUAUCCCAAAGCGUGUGUUCACCAAAAACGAAAAACCGUUGCAUCUAAUUUGGCCCCACCGAUGGGAACAUGACAAGAAUCCCCAAUUUCUGACCAACACGCUACUAGAGUUAAACAAACGGCAGGUGGACUUCCGGGUGUCUAUUCUAGGCGAACGGACACAGUCUACCCCGGAAUGUUUUGAAAACAUAGGCGAGCUUCUCAAGGAAAAACUCAUCAACUUUGGGUAUCUGAGUAAAGAUGAAUACAUUCGUACGCUACUGGACGGAGACGUCGUGAUAUCAACCGCAGGUCAUGAAUUUUAUGGGGUUGCCAUGCUAGAAGCUUCCUACUGUGGUUGUCUACCAGUGGCACCCAACAAGCUAGUCUACCCCGAGAUUUAUCCGGAAACAAGCUUGUACAAUACAUCGAACCAAUUGAUCAAAAUGCUGUACAAUUGGUGCAAGAAUAGGCAUCUCUUCGAACGUGAUCGAGCGAUUUUCUAUGAAAAUUUUGAUUUCGACAAAUAUUCUUCGGUGAGCAUUGUUCCCAAGUUCAUAUCGAUGCUAAGAGCGCAUAUCAGCACCCCCAGUGCUGUGAAUGGGGUCUGAGCAGAGGGUGCACCGUAGCUCAAUUCUUUAGCAGUUGUUCUAGUUAUAAAGGGUCGGAAUUCUUCCAGUAUAUACGUGUAGGUAUAUUGGUACCAGGCCAAAUAUGUGUCAGCGCGUUCAUUCGCCACCAUCGCCAAACGUGAAAUCAUUCGUCAACGUGCAAUCUCGCGCCACUAUUCACUAUUCGUAGGGUCUACUGAGGCACAAAACUGUUUGUUCUAAUCAUUAGUGUAGUGUUUUAUAUAAAUUAUGUAAGUUGAAACUCUAUGUUGGACAUUUAAUGUUUUUGGUUAAAAAUUAGUAAUUUUUAGUAGUUAUACAAAAAUCAUGAUGAGCUUGAAAAUUUGAAUUGUUGGGUUAUUAUGCUAUAAGAUUAUUUCCAGCAAUUAAUUGGUUAUAUACUUUGAUAAUGGAGAAACAAUUGUAUUGUAUAUUACAAUACAACAGUUAGAUUUCAAUUACUAAACUGAAAUAUUGGGAAUCAACAUAUUCGUAGAUAAUAAAAUGGAGACUUAAAAGUA